GAUAUCCCAGCCCUAACGGCAUAUCAAGACUAUCACGACCCAGAAGAUUGUGAACGGUUGCAUAACUCAUAUUUGCUGCAGCGUCGCGACUCCGAUCUAAUUACCUGACUAUCCACCUUGAUUUCGUUUCCAUACCCGGCGCGCCGAGCACCCAGGUCUGUAUUCUGAUAUAACAGUUCGAGGACCAUGGCCGCCUUGGGGGAAAACCUGUUGGUGACAGUCAAUAAACUGCAAGACCUGGUCUUUAACACCAUUGGCAAUGACUCGCUUGAUCUACCGCAGAUUGUCGUUGUUGGCUCCCAAUCGUCUGGAAAAUCCUCUGUUCUGGAAAAUAUAGUUGGCAGAGACUUCCUUCCUAGAGGAAGUGGGAUUGUCACUCGAAGACCGUUGAUUUUGCAACUUAUAAAUAUACCCAGCGAACGACAUGACAAACCAGAGACCGACGAGGUCCACGUUCCUCAUACAGCUGCCAGUGUGGCCGGGCAAAACGAGUGGGCGGAAUUUCAUCAUCAACCGGGCCGAAAGUUUGACGACUUCGCUCUUGUGAAACAAGAGAUCGAGGCUGAGACAGCGAGAAUAGCCGGAAAUAACAAGGGCAUCAAUCGCCAGCCGAUUAACCUCAAAAUUUUUUCGCCGCAUGUGCUCAACCUCACUAUGGUUGAUUUGCCAGGCCUAACUAAAGUGCCAAUUGGGGAUCAGCCAUCGGAUAUAGAAAAGCAAACUCGUGCCCUAAUACUCGAAUACAUCGCGAAACCGAACAGUAUAAUUUUAGCUGUUUCACCGGCAAACGUUGACCUGGUUAAUUCCGAGUCUUUGAAACUUGCUCGCCAGGUUGACCCUAUGGGACGAAGAACGAUCGGUGUCCUAACAAAAUUGGACCUUAUGGACCAUGGGACAAAUGCUAUGGACAUCCUAUCCGGCCGCGUCUAUCCACUGAAACUUGGCUUUAUUGGGGUGGUCAACAGGUCCCAGCAAGAUAUUCAAUCGGGCAAAUCUCUCUCGGAGGCCUUACAGGCUGAACUCGAUUUUUUUCGACACCAUCCAGCUUAUCGAAAUAUGGCCAAUCGAUGCGGGACGCAAUUUCUUGCUAAAACCCUUAAUUCGACCUUAAUGUCUCAUAUUAGGGAUCGCCUACCGGACAUCAAAGCUCGUCUCAACACACUCAUGGGUCAAACGCAGCAGGAACUCGCCAGCUACGGCAACAAGCAGUUCAGCGGGAAAGAACAUCGAGGAUCUCUUAUAUUACAGCUUAUGACGAGGUUUGCUUCCUCCUUUAUAUCUUCAAUUGACGGAACUUCAUCGGAAAUAUCCACGAAAGAAUUAUGCGGUGGUGCUAGGAUAUAUUAUAUAUUCAACUCUGUCUUCGGCAACUCUCUUGACACGAUUGAUCCAACUCAAAAUCUUUCAAUUUCAGAUAUCAGGACUGCUAUCCGUAACUCAACGGGGCCGCGUCCAAGUCUUUUUGUUCCGGAGCUCGCUUUUGAUCUUCUCGUGAAACCUCAGAUCAAAUUGCUUGAACCCCCUAGCCAGCGGUGUGUUGAGCUGGUUUACGAAGAACUUAUAAAGAUAUGCCACACUUGUGGCUCGCAAGAGCUGUUGCGCUUUCCUCGUCUCCAGGCCAAACUCAUUGAAGUCGUGUCUGACCUCCUGCGCGAGAGGCUAGGUCCCUGCUCCUCUUACGUGGAGUCGUUGAUAUCUAUUCAAAGGGCCUACAUCAACACGAAUCAUCCAAAUUUCCUUGGUGCAGCCGCCGCAAUGUCGUCAAUUAUCCAAAGCAAACAGGACCAAGAGAGGAAAGCCGCGCUCGCGGAGGAACGACGCAAGCGAGAGAAGAGACGAAUCAAGGAACUCGGUGGUCCAAACGGAAACGCACCAACACAUCCGGAAGACGAGGAAGAGCAACCGGAAACCAAAAACCUUCCCAUCAGGACUCAAUCUAGCAAAGGGACCCGCAGCAUGUCUCCUCAUAUUGGAAAAAUAUCAGACACUGGAAUCACGGCAACUUUGAACGGGACGCAUUCGAAUCCUCCAACCGCCUUUGGCGGUGCUAAUACCACCCGCGAUUCCUUCCUGAACUACUUCUUUGGCAAAGAUGGUGCCCAGCCCCAACUUACUACCUCAGCCUCUCCCAAUCAAAACCAAACUAGGCAGUCCAUCCAUGAGGUCAAUGUGAGCUCAAACGCUCGACGCACCGAGAUGCUUUCUCCGGUGGAUGAUUAUACCACGGUGCCCGAAUAUAACGAAGCGAGUUCUGUUUUGAAGGACGAUUCUGAGCCGGCAAUAUCUGAGCGAGAGCUCAUGGAGACGGAAUUGAUUCGUCGGUUGAUCUCUUCAUAUUUCACCAUUGUGAGGGAGACAAUCGCCGACCAGGUUCCAAAAGCUAUUAUGCAUCUUCUUGUCAACCACAGUAAAGAUGUUGUGCAGAAUCGGCUUGUUAGUGAGCUCUACAAGGAAGAGUUCUUCGCUGAGCUUCUAUAUGAGGAUGAUGGCAUCAAAGCCGAGAGAGAGAAGUGUGAGAGGUUGUUAGAAACAUACAAAGCGGCAGCGAAAAUUGUCGGCGAAGUUUUGUAAACAUAACGCCUGUCUGUCCGUGUUUUCUAUGUUCUGGGACCCUGGCUAUUUACAACAAUGUACCAAUGGUGCAUGUGGUUGCGGUGUCUUAAUCUGUAUUAUAAUUAUACUCUAGCUCAAGUGGCGUGUUUACCCUUGGUAGAACUACAAAGAAAGAUGUGAUA